CAUAGCGGCAGAGGAAAUUUUGUCUUCCGUUUUUUGGAUCUAUCAAGAACCCAAUUUUCCAUAGUGAUCAUAAUUCGUUCCCAAGGAGCAAUUAUUCCAUCUGCGGUGCUGAAAGCCAAGACGGAGGACGAGUUCUUUUUAUUCCGCAGAGAUAGGGGAAGGGUGGAGAGGAGAGGAAGAUGCCGAAACCGAUCAACGUCCGGGUCACCACGAUGGAUGCGGAGUUGGAGUUUGCCAUCCAGCCCAACACCACUGGCAAACAGCUCUUUGACCAGGUAGUAAAGACGGUGGGUCUACGGGAAGUGUGGUUCUUCGGCCUGCAGUACGUGGACAGCAAGGGCUACACCACGUGGCUGAAACUGAACAAGAAGGUGACCCAGCAGGACGUGAAGAAGGAAAACCCGCUCCAGUUCAAGUUCCGGGCCAAGUUCUUCCCAGAGGACGUGUCUGAGGAGCUGAUCCAGGAGAUCACCCAGCGCCUCUUCUUUCUGCAGGUGAAGGACGCCAUCCUGAACGAUGAGAACUACUGCCCCCCGGAGACUGCUGUGCUCCUAGCCUCAUACUCAGUCCAGGCCAAGUAUGCCGACUUCAACAGGGAGGUUCACAAGCCAGGCUACCUCACAAACGACCGGCUGCUGCCUCAGAGGGUUCUGGAGCAGCAUAAGCUUACAAAGGAACAGUGGGAGGAGAGGAUCCAGGCCUGGCAUGCAGAACACAGAGGAAUGCUUAGAGAGGACGCGAUGAUGGAGUAUCUGAAGAUAGCACAGGACUUGGAGAUGUACGGCGUCAACUACUUUGAAAUCAAGAACAAGAAAGGAACAGAGCUGUGGCUGGGGGUGGACUCUCUGGGCCUCAACAUCUACGAGCACGAGGACAAACUGACACCAAAGAUUGGUUUUCCCUGGAGUGAGAUCAGAAACAUUUCUUUCAAUGAUAAGAAGUUUGUCAUUAAACCUAUCGACAAGAAAGCUCCAGACUUUGUGUUCUAUGCACCUCGGUUGCGGAUAAACAAGCGCAUCCUGGCCCUCUGCAUGGGGAACCAUGAGCUGUACAUGAGGAGGAGGAAGCCCGACACCAUCGAGGUCCAGCAGAUGAAGGCCCAGGCCAGGGAGGAGAAGCACCAGAAGCAGCUGGAGAGGGCACAGCUAGAAAAUGAGAAGAAGAAACGCGAGUAUGCGGAGAAAGAGAAGGAGAGGAUAGAGCGAGAGAAGGAGGAGCUGAUGGAGCGUCUGAGGCAGAUCGAAGAGCAGACGCUAAAGGCACAGAAAGAACUAGAGGAGCAGACACGCCGGGCCCUGGAGCUGGACCAGGAGAAGAAGAGGGCCAAGGAGGAGGCCGAGAGGCUGGAGCAGGAGCGGCAGGCUGCAGAGGAGGCCAAGGCUGCACUGGCAAAGCAGGCUGCAGACCAGAUGAAGAAUCAGGAGCAACUGGCAGCUGAGCUGGGAGAAUUCACCGCCAGAAUCGCUUUACUGGAAGAAGCCAAGAGGAAAAAAGAAGAGGAAGCUACAGAAUGGCAACAAAAAGCCCUGUCUGCUCAGGAGGACCUGGAGAGGACCAAGGAGGAGCUGAAGAGCGUGGUGAGCGCUCCGCCCGCCCCCGCCGGCGGCCCGGCCGAGAACGAGCACGACGAGCAGGACGAGAACAGCGCCGAGGCCAGCGCCGAGCUGUCCAGCGACGGCGUGACGCACCACCGCAACGAGGAGGAGCGUCUCACCGAGGCCCAGAAGAACGAGCGUGUGAAAAAGCAGCUGCAGGCGCUGAGCUCCGAGCUCGCCCAGGCGCGGGACGACACCAAGAAGACGCAGAACGAUAUGCUGCACGCGGAGAAUGUGAGGGCGGGGCGGGACAAGUACAAGACCCUCCGCCAGAUCCGCCAGGGCAACACCAAGCAGCGCAUCGACGAGUUCGAGUCCAUGUGAGCGGCGUCCCGGCGCGGCGACGCCCCUCCUUCCGUGUACAGCCCCCCGGCCCCACCACCCCUGCAGAGAGGCUAGAGAGUUGUGGCUGACACCCCGC